AUGGCACUAUCCAAGGUCACUCGAGUCCCUGUUCUCCGCAACGCCGACUACAAGGCCAAUGGUACCAAGUCUCUUGUCUGGCUCUACAACAAGUACAACAUUACCCCAACUAGACCAGGUCCGUAUCAUCGUGAUGAAAAGAAUCGUCUCAUGAAACGUCAGGACGAUGGCUCUUCGACUGAAGUCACUGCACAAGAUCAGCAAAAUGACGUCUACUAUACUUGUCCAGUCACCAUUGGCACUCCUGGCCAGAAACUUCAGGUGACCUUCGACUCUGGUUCGGCUGACUUUUGGGUCUGGUCCAGUCAUCUCCCUGAAAGUACCAAGAAGAGUGGGACUGCGUCCGGUGCUGCCAUCUAUGAUCCCAACAAAUCCUCCACCCAGAAGCCCAUGGCCGGAAGCACCUGGCAGAUCCGAUAUGGAGAUGGCUCCUCGGCGUCAGGAACAGUGGUUACAGAUGUUGUCAAGGUCGGAGAUAUCACGAUUGAAGGUCAAGCAGUCGAGAUUGCCAGCCAUCUCUCUAACUCUCUCACUACUCAGACUGCCUCGCAGGGCAUCUUAGGCCUGGCCUUUGGCAAUAUCAAUACAGUCACUCCCGUUCCGGUCAAACCCCCGCUUGACAACAUGAUUGCGCAGGAGGACAUUCCCAAUGACCAGGAGAUUUUCACCUGCUACAUGGGCUCUUACAAAGAUGCCAAAGACCCCGACCAUGGCGAAUCGUUUUUCACAUUCGGGAACAUCGACAGUGAGGUGGUCCAUGCGACUGGGGGUGAGAUCUCUUACACGCCGGUCAACGACAGUAACGGAUUCUGGGAGUUCGCUUCAGAAUACGUCGUCAUCAACGGGAAGAAAACCCCGUUACCAGGAAACACCGCCAUUGCUGACACAGGCACAACCCUGAUGAUCAUUGAUGACGACCUUGUCGAAGAGAUCUAUUCUUCCAUCCCAGGAGCGACAUAUGACCAAUCCCAGCAAGGCUGGCUGAUUCCGUCGGAUACCCCUCUUGAGCAGAUCCCUGAUGUCGCUUUCGCCGUUGGAGGGGUAGAGAUUGUUAUCCAGAAGGAACACAUUGCAUUCGCCCCGCUCAAAAACACAGGAAUGGUAUUUGGCGGCAUCCAAGGUCGAGGAAGAUUGCCCUACAAUAUCUACGGUGAUACCUUCUUGAAAUGUGUAUAUGCGGUCUUCGAUGCUGGGAAGAAGCAAUUUGGUGUGGUCCAGAGGGUUGAUCCUACUCAGAAGAUUGCCUUUUAG